UUAAGACUAGAACAACCACCGCACCAUCUUUCUACAAACGUCCCACAGGUUUACAGGAGCAAAGCAAGGUCCAGAUUACACUUGUAUUCCUGCCUGAUGACAUUAAGACUUCUAAGAGAGUCUUUAAAGCUGGUUGUGUUAAGUUUUAAAAGAGAAAUGGUCGGCGGACCACAGAGACGAGACUCAAUAGAGGUGUACGACUAUACUGAAGGAGGUGGUUAUUCCGGUGACCAGCCGUCGCUAAGGUUACGACGGGUUUCAUCUCGAGUGUCCAAUCAGAAUUACCCCCAGUUCGACUGGAGCUCAACGCCAGCUGAGGAGGAUGGAGAGGGCGACGGUGGACAGCCACGCGACCUCAGGGGCAUUCCUCUGCCCAUGGCACUGAAAAGAGCUGUGAGGCAGGUCCAGCAAAUGCGAGUGCCUGUGGUUUCCAGCAGGAAACACAAAAAGACCAAAGCGCUGCGCAAACUCAGAGACAACGCCAGAGAAUUUCUCAGCAUCAUAACACCGUGGAGCAAGACUUUGCAAAAGAUCGGAGGGAACUUUGGAGGUGGCGUCCAAUCUUACUUCCUGUUCCUGCGAUUCCUGGUGGUGCUCAAUUUUGUUUCCUUUUUACUGAUUGCUGGAUUUGUCCUCAUCCCCAGCAUCGUCUUCAGAUCUGUCGGGUCCAGCGUCGUCAACAGUACUGGUCCAGAGGAGUGCUUGGAUUAUGACCCUAAUCCUCAAGGCCUGGUGGUGUUCUAUAAUUACUUCCUUGACUUACUUUCGGGAACGGGCUUCAUGGAGUAUUCAUAUAUGUUUUAUGGCUACUACAACAACACGAUGGUGGAGGACAGGAACUUCUCCUACAACAUCCCCCUGGCCUACCUCUUCACCGCCGUCUUCUACUUCAUCUUUUGCCUCAUUUGUAUCAUCGCACGCUUGGGGACUACGGCUCGAGUUGCCGUGGCAACGGGAGGCAGCGCUUUAGGCAACUACAGCAUUAUCGUGUUCACCAGCUGGGACUACGGUUGCCUGGGUGAUCGAGCUACCAAACUGAAGCAGAAGAACAUCCACUACCGGCUACAGGUUGAUCUGGAGGAGGAGAGCAUAAAGAAAAGGGCAGCCGCUCUGACAUUGUGUCAAAAAAUAGUUUUAUACUCUCUACGUGUCUCUAUGGGUCUUCUUUCUGUUGCGCUCAUUGUUGCAGCCUUUUACUGCAUCUUCAUGGCCACCGUCUUCAGCCAGGGAAAGAGUGGAGAGGAAGGGAUCCUGGGUUUGUUUUUUGAGUAUCUACCUUCCAUUGUCAUCACCGCCGCAAACUUCCUGGUGCCGCUGCUGUGUGACCAGAUCGCCCUCAUUGAGCGAUACCCCCCCAGCACCACUGUCAUAGCAGCACUAUUAAGGGCAGUGAUCCUUCGUCUGGUCGGUCUGGGUGUUCUCCUCUACACGCUGUGGCUUCAAAUCACCUGCAAGGGGGACACAAGUAGUGAAGACUGUGCAAAGUGCCAGUACAGCCAUAAAGACUACCCGUGCUGGGAAACUCGUGUGGGACAGGAGAUGUACAAGCUGACACUGUUUGACUUCCUCAUCAAUUUUGCUGUGCUCGUUCUGGUGGAGAUUCCACGCAGGAUGGUGGUCGACAACUGGUCCAAUAAGCUGACUCAGUGGGUGGGUCGACAGGAGUUUGUAGUACCUGCCAACGUGCUCGGGCUGGUUUACGGUCAGACUGUGGUUUGGACAGGAGCUCUGUUUUGCCCUCUGCUGCCGCUCAUCAACACCAUAAAGUUUAUCUUCCUCUUCUACUUCAAGAAGCUCACACUCUUCAAUAACUGUCGGCCAGCACUGAGGACGUUUCGCUCCACCACCUCCACCUUCUUCUUCCUGGUGGUUCUCCUGUUUGGCUUCAUCCUGGCCACAGCCGUCAUGGUUUACAGUCUCGCUGAAAUCCAUCCCUCUAUGGGUUGCGGUCCUUUCCGUUUCUUCCCGAGCAUGUGGUCGAUUGUUCCGAAAUCUUUCUACAACCUCUCUGAUGUCACCAAGGAGUUUCUCUUCUUCGUUGGUUCCCAAGCGUUCUCCAUCCCUCUGUUUGUGCUAAGUUGUGUGGUGAUGUGUUAUUUCAUAGCUUUAGCCUCUGUCUAUGGGAAAAGUGUUGCUCUGCUGAGAGCUCAAAUCAAACUGGAGGGCCGUGACAAGCAGUUCUUGGUGAAGCAGAUUGGGGAGCUGGGUCGACAUCAGCUACUACAACAUUCUGCAGGAGCGUUUAACUGAACAUCGAACACGGACCAAACCUUUAAAACACGAUAUGACAUGAUGGAGCAUCUGUAUGCUACCUAUAUGUUUAAAGUCAGUGACAUAAAAGACUGUCUGGGGUUUAGUUUAAUGAAUUAAAGAUGUUGUGGUUCUUAAGAGAUGAGAAUUCUGUUUCUAGGAGGAUUUGGAAAAAAGGAAAAGUAAAACCUAUUUAUUAUCACCCUACCAAAGCUAGCAGUAUAUCAGAUUUAAAAUCAGGUUUAUUGCCAAGUAAUAA